UUUUUUCCCUCGAGAACCAAAUAUGGCAAUGUCUCUCAGUCUCACCACACUGUCUAAAACCCCAAAAACCUCUCUUUCCGGAAUCCAUGUCGUCAAUAACAUCCAAACCAUUUCAUCCCAAACCCACCUCAAAUUCAAUCCCAUUUUCAAACCCUCCAAUCUCACUCUCUUCCUCACCUCCCCAAAACCCAAAACCCACCUCGCAAACCUCCCACGCAACACAAUCGGAUGCCUCUUCACCGGAAUCGUCGAAGAGAUGGGCCAAAUCAAGCAAUUGGGUAUCGCUGAUCACGGCGGAUUCGACAUGAGAAUCGGAGCCAAGACGGUUCUCGAAGGCGUCAACCUCGGAGACAGCAUCGCGGUGAACGGCACGUGCCUGACGGUGACCCAAUUCGACACCCAGAUCUCUGAAUUCACAGUCGGAUUGUCACCGGAGACGCUGAGGAAGACGUCACUGGUGGAGCUCUCACCCGGGUCACUGGUGAAUCUGGAGCGGGCGGUCCGACCCACGACCCGAAUGGGCGGGCAUUUCGUUCAGGGUCACGUGGAUGGUACAGGGGUGAUUGUUUCGAAGGAAGCAGAGGAGGACUCUUUGUGGAUCAAAGUUAAAGCUUCGAAAGAGCUAUUGAAAUAUGUGGUGCCGAAGGGGUUUAUAGCAGUGGAUGGGACUAGUUUGACCGUUGUGGAUGUGUUUGAUGAAGAAAAUUGUUUCAAUUUCAUGUUGGUUGCUUAUACUCAGCAAAAUGUUGUGAUUCCAUUGAAGGAUGUUGGGCAGAAGGUUAAUUUGGAGGUUGAUAUACUUGGAAAAUAUGUGGAGAGGCUUCUCAGUUGUGGCUUUCUGGAUUCUAUUAAACGUUCAUGAAACCCCAAAAAGAAAAAUAAUAAGGUAUUACCUUAGUGUUUUUGAUUUUGUGUAACUUUAAUUAUUUUGUUUUUUUUUUUUUUUUUGGUUGUAAUUUUGCUUUCUUAUAUCUAGAGGACAAUUUGAGUUUAAAAAAAUAAAAAAAAUAAAAAAAAUAAAAAUUUUAGAAGUUGUUUUUA